AUGUCGACAGAAAAUAUCACGACCAUCUCGCCGAGCACAAACAAGCCUGUGCUGACCCGAGAAGGCUUAUCUGCAGAUGGACUCCUUCAAGUAGGCGAAGCCGCGCAAAAAGCGUUCAAGGCUUUCCGGAAAUCACAUCCCACCCUCGAAUCACGUCAAACCAUCGUCAAGAAAGCUCUAGAGAUCCUUGAGUCAAGACAAGAUGCACUGGCCAAGGAGAUCACGGAGCAGAUGGGCCGACCCAUCGCAUACACAUCCAAAGAAAUCGCCACUGCGCUCCUUCGUGCCCGGUAUAUGCUUCGGAUCGCUCCGGAGGCCUUGGCACCUACGCCCGGAGAUUCAGAGACGAACUUCAAGCGAUACAUAGAGAAGCUACCCGUCGGCGUGGUGCUUGUCAUAUUCGCGUGGAACUACCCAUAUCUCAUCCUCGUCAAUUCGCUCAUUCCCUGCAUCUUGGCAGGCGAUGCGGUCAUCCUCAAGCCAUCGCCACAAACACCAACGAUAGCAGAGCACAUGGCUGAGAUCUUCAAAGAAGCGGGACUUCCAGAAAGGGUCAUCCAAUACGUCCACUGCGGCACGCCUACCGAUCUCGAACCUCUCAUCCUCUCGCCGAACGUCAACCACGUCACCUUCACAGGUGGUGUAGCCGGCGGUCUCGCUGUCCAGAAGAUUGCUGCAUCCCGCAUCGACCUCAGCGUUGGCUUGGAGCUUGGCGGCAAGGAUCCCAGCUACGUGCGUGCCGAUGUCGACCCAGCCUGGGCCGCAGACGAGAUCGUUGAUGGCGCUGUUUUUAACUCUGGACAAUCAUGCUGCUCGAUCGAGCGAGUGUAUGUUCAUGAGAAGGUCUACGAUGCUUUCGUGAGCGAAGUGCAGAAAGUGCUGGCAGGUUACAAGCUGGGUGACCCAUCUAGCAAAGACACCAAUAUCGGCCCUGUCGUUAGCACUCGUGCGAAAGAGGCGAUCUUGAAACAGGUAGCGGACGCCAAAGCCGCCGGCGCGAAAGACGAGACACCGGAAAACAGCACAUUCAAGAACCUGCCCACCGAAGGCAACUAUGUCGCGCCUGUCCUGCUCACUGGUGUCGAUCACUCAAUGGCCGUGAUGAAAGACGAGACUUUUGGUCCGGUCGUCCCCAUCAUGAAGGUCUCGAGCGACGAAGAGGCCAUAGAUCUGAUGAAUGACUCCCAAUUCGGUCUGACCGCCACGAUCUGGACCAAGGACGUUCCACGCGGCGAGGAGCUGGCGGAUCAGGUCGAGGCUGGGACCGUGUUCGUCAAUCGCGCGGAUUAUCCGUCGCCGGACCUGGCAUGGACUGGUUGGAAAGAGAGUGGGAAGGGUGUCAGUAUGGGAAGAUUUGGAUUCGAGCAGUUCGUCAAGUUGAGGAGCGUGCAUAUCAAGAAUUAUCCUAAAUAA